UAGCCUGCCGGAAGUCGCUGGGUCUGAAUGGGUUCCGGAGCCGGCGGCUGUAGCUUCUCUGUCUUCACUUGACACCGGGCGGCUGCUUGGCUGCUGGUCUUGUCAGCCUCUGGGUUGCUAGGUUCAUGUGGAGGCUCCCAAGCACCCGCGCCGUGCUUCGUGGGGUCCGGACGGCCGUGGAGCAGCGCAGCCGGACUGAAGCGGCUCCUGAAAAGGCGGCAGGCGCGAUGGAGCGCGCUGUAGUGCGCUGUGUUCCCUCGGAGCCCAAGCUGAGCUUGUCGUUUGCGCUGGCCGACGGCAGCCACAAGAACAUGCAGCGCGACCAGAGUGAGCCGCUGGGUCGGGCCCUCAGCCGGAUCGCUACCAAUGCCCUCAAGGGCCACGCUAAGGCAGCCGCAGCUAGAAAGAACCGGAAGAACCGGUCCAACGCGAGCGGCGGCGCGGCCUGUGCAGGGUCUGGGUCGGAGACGGCAGCAAUCUGCGAGCCCGUGGUAAAGCUGUACUACCGAGAGGAAGCAGUGGCUGAGGAUGUGCUCAACGUGGACGCCUGGCAGGACGGCGCGGUGCUGCAGAUUGGCGAUGUCAAGUACAAGGUGGAGCGCAACCCACCCGCCUUCACCGAGCUUCAGUUGCCACGCUACAUCAUGGCCGGCUUCCCCGUGUGCCCCAAGCUCACCCUUGAAUUUGGGGAUCCGUCUGGCUCUCUCUACCGCUGGUACAAGGAAGCCAACCCUGGUGCCGCGGAACCUGAAGGUAGUGGCCCUUCGUCAUUGUCUCCCUCUUCGCCGUCUUCUACUUGGACCGAAACGGGUGUGAAUGAGCGCGUCUACAUCCCGUCCAAUGCUGACAUCGGACUGCGGCUGAAACUUCACUGCACUCCAGGCAAUGGGCAGCGUUUCGGGCCGAGCAGGGAAUUGGAAAGUGUGUGUCCAGUGGAGGCCGGGCCUGGUACUUGCACUUUUGACCAUCGGCAUCUCUACACCAAGAAAGUGACAGAGGACGCUCUCAUCCGCACUGUCUCCUACAACAUUUUGGCAGACACGUACGCCCAGACUGAGUUCUCACGGACUGUUCUGUACCCAUACUGUGCCCCCUAUGCCCUGGAGCUUGACUACCGCCAGAACCUUAUCCAGAAGGAACUCACAGGCUACAAUGCCGACCUCAUCUGUUUGCAGGAGGUUGACCGCGCGGUGUUUUCGGACAGUUUGGUACCCGCAUUGGAGGCUUUCGGGCUGGAGGGCGUGUUUCGAAUCAAGCAGCACGAAGGCCUGGCCACUUUUUACCGGAAGUCAAAGUUCAACCUCCUUAGCCAGCAUGACAUUUCUUUCCAAGAAGCCCUGGAGUCUGACCCACUUCACAAAGAACUGCUGCAGAAACUAGUUUUGUACCCAUUGGCACAGGAAAGAGUGCUCCAGAGAUCUUCUGUCCUUCAGGUUUCAGUUCUUCAAUCUACAAAGGAGUCUUCUAAAAAGAUAUGUGUUGCUAAUACCCAUCUCUACUGGCAUCCAAAAGGUGGGUACAUUCGUCUCAUUCAAAUGGCAGUAGCUUUGGCUCACAUUAGACAUGUCUCAUGUGAUCUGUAUCCUGGCAUACCGGUUAUAUUUUGUGGGGACUUUAAUAGUACACCAUCAACAGGAAUGUAUCAUUUUGUCAUCACUGGCAACAUUCCAGAGGAUCAUGAAGACUGGGCUUCCAAUGGGGAAGAAGAAAGAUGCAACAUGUCUCUAACACAUUUCUUCAAACUGAAAAGUGCUUGUGGUGAACCAGCUUACACAAAUUAUGUUGGUGGCUUUCAUGGAUGUCUAGAUUACAUUUUCAUUGACUUACAUGCUUUAGAGGUUGAACAGGUGAUUCCAUUACCUAGUCAUGAAGAAGUUACCACCCACCAGGCCUUACCUAGUGUUUCCCAUCCUUCUGAUCACAUAGCACUUGUGUGUGAUCUAAAAUGGAAAUAGAUUUCUGUUUAAUGGAAUUUAAGUAUAAAAAGGAAAUUAGUUACUUUGUAGAAAAUUUGAUAUGAAUCAAAGCUAAUAUGUAACUUUCAAAGAGGAAAUAUAGACUCAAUGGUAAAACUUUCUAUUCAUUCCCUACUAGUUAUGUUCCAAGACUAUUUAUGUUUGCAUCAUAUAGACCCUUUUUCCCCCUACACUUGGAGGAAAAGCAAAUAUAUUUAUUGAGAAACAGGAAGUUCAUAUAUUGUGUACAUUUUUAUAAAUGAUUUUUAAUCUAAUUAAGAAUAUUUUAAGUACCAUUUGAAUGAUCUUUUUUUUCAUGACACAUUUCAGUUUGAAUCAUGUUUAUUUAAUUAUAUGAAAAAAUGCAUACAGGUUAAGGUGAAAGACCUAAAUUCUGACACAUGGGUCUACCUCUACCUCAAUUUGGUCAGCAGUUUAUUACAAUUUCAGAGUUGACAAAAAAUUAAAGUUGUUGUUGUUGAUUGCUUCUGGUUUUUUUCUCCACCCCCAAGUACUAGGAUUUAAACCCGAGGCUCUCACACAGUAGGCAAGUGCUUUUUCAUUGAGCUACAUCCCCAACCCUUUUUAUUUUGAGAUGGUCUAAGUUGCCCAGGCUGGCCUUGAACUUGGGAUGCUCCUGCCUUAGCCUCCCCAGCCUCCCAUGCACCAUUGUAACCAACUUCCGUUUUUCAGCUAAUGAAUUGUCUUCAUUCUCUUUAGUAUUUUUGUUGUUAAUAUAUGGUAAAAUGGACACAAUUUAUAUUCUGAGUCAUACAGCAGCUCAUUUUAAUUUCUAGUAUGUAAGCACAAUUUAGUAUUCAAAGUAAAUAGCAACAUUUGAUCCCAUUUUAUUUAAUUACUCUUGCCUACAAAAAACUUAAAGACAAAAGAGUAUUUGACCAGGUGAUAUUAACAAAAUACAGCACAAUACAUUAUUUUUGAGAAAAUGCCUACUGAUAUGGACUUGAAACUUUGGAUAAACUCAUUCAGCAUUUCUAUGCCAUAAGCAUUUUCAAAAUUGUUAGUUUUUAUGAAUAGGGAAUAGAGAAGUAGUUUGGCUUUUGAGUAUAUCUGAAAUAAAAACUAUUACUUUUAUAGGUAAACAAUAUAAUUUAUUGUAAAACAAGAUUUAAAUAGGAGGCCAAACUCUUUUAAGAUUAGAAAUUACAAACAGCCUACAGUGAUAACUAAGCUUUACUGACCAAUUUAUCACCAUACCUUAUUUGUAAUGCUUAAGCUGUUGCUUUUUUGAUGUUCAAGAUAACUAUAGUAUACUCAUAUUUCUGCAUUUAAUUUCUAGAUUAGGUAUUAAAUCCUACUCAUCUCAAGAAAAGCUCUGAUUUUCCAGUCAUGAAAAUGCUCAUUUCAGAUUCUUUAAUCUCUGAAUCUAGUACCAUAAGAAUUGUCUUCUUUAGAUAAUCUGCUAUCAGAUGUAUUGUUAUCUCUUAGUUUAGCAAGUUUGAGAAUGAAAUUUUACCUGCACUUCAGAUUAAACCUUGAAGUAUUUGAAGUACUUGAAGGGAAAGAUUAAGGUACCAGAUUGAACUGGGGAUUGAACUCCGGGGCACUCAAUCACUGUACCACAUCCCCAACCCUAUUUUGUAUUUUAUUUAGAGACUGAGUUGCUUAGCACCUUAGCCAGCUGAGGCUGGCUUUGAACUCACAAUCCUCUUGCCUCAGCCUCCAGAGCCACUGGGAUUACAGGCAUGUGCCUCUAUGCCCAGCAAGGUGGCAGUCUCUUGUGAUCUUAUUUAGAAAGAGCUAUUAAAUUGGGGGGUAGGGGGGGGAAAUCGAUGCUACCGACUUGUGCCUUCCUAAAAACCAUUUUCAAGAGCAUUUUAACAGCAGUUUAUAAAUAAACAAAUAAAGCUAGAAUCUGAUUUUUUUAUAUACUUUUUCUUUCUUUUAAAAAUUUGGUUUUGGUCUGCUUCCAAAUACACGUUAACAGACCCAUAUAGUAACUUAAGAGAAAACAAGUUUCUCAGAAAAAUGUUAAAAAAAAAAUGUAAAAAAUUUUUCUAAUGUGAUAUAAUUACCCAUGUCCAUGAAAAGAACACACAGGUUCUAUAUUAUACAAGUCCUAGCUAGAUUGAAAUCUAGUCAGAAAAUCUCUUAAGCACUUACUAAAUAGUCCAUAUAUCCUAAAUACCUAAAGUUGGUAUUUCCUGACUAAACAGUGUAAUCAGAUUAUAUACAGGUAUUUAAAGAUAUUAGGACAAUGGAAUGUUAUUUUCAAGUGCUAUAUACUCUAGUCAGAUCUCCCAUAAACAGAUACAUUAGAAUGACUCGAGUCCAAAGGUAGAUGACAGUAAGAAAAUUAUGUAAGUAGCAUACCAAAAUUUCCUGUAUUCAUAAGACAAAGUGUUAUUCAGAAAUGUUUAAAGCUAUCUUUGUGAUUGAAUUUUUCUAUUACAUUGGAAUUUUCAGUAUAUUUUAUUGUAACAAAUAUGGGAAGUUUAACAACUUUUUAUAGCAUAUCACAUUUUAUAAUGUCCUAAGUUCUUGCUGCAGGAAUUAACAUUUCAAAAUUUUAUAGCUAUAAAUGAGUACAAGUAUUUUAAGAUAUGUUAUUCUAUUUUUUAAUAUUUAUUUUUUAGUUGUAGUUGGAUACAACACCUUUAUUUCACUUGUUUAUUUUUGUAUGUGGUGCUGAGGAUCGAACCCACAGUCUCGCACGUGCGAGGCAAGCGCUCUACCACUGAGCCACAACCCCAGCCUAAGAUAUGUUAUUCUAUUAAAAUGAUCUCUUGCACAGUUGACACUACAGCAAAUAUAUACAUUGAUAGUUCAGAAUUCAUUAGCAAACAAAUCAUUUCUGGCAACAAUGUGUGUUGUUUUAAAAUUUUGAAUACUGAAAUCAGUUGUUCCAAAUUUCCUUUUGAAUGUGGUGUUUCAUACUGGAGGAUAGAUGUCUGAAGAGCAAACAAAAAGGGAGAAAAGAUAGGAACUCUACUGUGGGAAGAUCUCCCUAGUCAAAAUAGUCAUUUUUGAUCUCACGUCUUAGCUCUGAAAUAUAGGCAAAGGUUUCCUAUAAACUAAUCCUUUUAAGUAAAAUCCAAAAUCCAUAUAUAAUAAUAAUAAAAGAUACUGCAUAUUAAUUUAAUAAGACCCAAAUGAACAACUCUUUAGGAAAAAUCUUUCCUCUAAAAUCAAUUCAAAAACAUUUAAAUGUAUUGAAACUUUUUAAUAUUUUGCCUAGGAUAAUAUUCAAAGGAAAUACUGUUUAGAUUUCAUUUGGGGGAAGGAAAGAAUUUUAAGAGCUUUAAUUCAUAUGGGUUAAGUCUUUUGGUCCUUUUUUAUAAGGAAAUAUUGCUACAUUCUGAGAUGAUACCAAAGCAUUUUUUAAAUGAAAUUCACAUAGGAUUAACCAUUUUAAUGUGUAUAAUGCAUUCACAUGUACAACCAUCUAGUUCCAAAGCAUUUUCAUUACCUCCAAAGGAACAAGCAGUCAAUCCCCAGUCUCACCUCCCCCAGCAACUGAAAACUACUAAUCUGCUAGGGAUCUACCUAUUUUUGAUAUUUCAUCUAAAUGUAAUCCAUAUGAUCUUCUGUAUCUGGCCUUUUUCAUUUAACAUAUAUUUUCAGGGUUCAUCUCUUCUUAUGGCUGAAUGACAGUCUAUGUAGAUAUACCACAUUUGCUUAUCUAAAUGGACACUUACUUGUAUGGUUUAUGUCUUUUGGCUAUUUUCACUAGUGCUGCUAUAAACAUCUGUGCAGUUUUUUUUGGUUUGAAUCUGUUCUUCCGAGUAUAUACCUAAGAGUGGAUUGCUGGGCUGUAUGUGAUUCUGUUUUCUUGUUGUAUAAUUUUACAUUCCCUCAGUAAUGUAUGAGGGUCCCCCAUUUUCUCCACAUCCUCACCAAAUAGUGGGUUUGAAGUGAUAUCUCUACCAGUGCUUUUGUGUUUGUGUGGUGCUGGGUAUUGAAUCUAGGUCCUUGUGCAUGUAAGGCAAGCAUUCUACCAACUGAGUUAUAUCCCCAGCCCUUACCAAUGCUUUUUUUUUUUUUGGUGUGAGGAGGUACUGGAGAUUGAACUUGGAUACUCCACCACUGAGCCACAUCCCCAGCCCUAUUUUUUAUUUUAUUUAGACACAGGGUCUGAGUUGCUUAGUGCCUUGCCAUUGCUGAGGCUGGCUUUGAAUUCACAAUCCUCCUGCCUCAGCCUCCUGGGAUUACAGGCGUGCACCACCAUUCCCCGCUCUACCAAUGUGUAUGUGAUUCUCUUUUCUUUUUUAACUUUAGUUGAAUUAAUGUUGACAGUCAUGAACUAGAUUAUUCACAAAUGGUUUACAUGACUUCCUAUUUUCCAAGAAGGCCCAUAUUCAGUUCCUGCUCAUUUUACAAGCUUGUGUCAAGUGGGAAAGGUCAGUUUCCUGGCUUUCUUUGAAGAAAUUUGAGAAGACAAAAAUUAGAAAAAUACCAAAGCGUAAACUGUAAAUAAAUAAAAAACCUAGGAUAACAAAAAGUUAAAUCUUAAAAUGUUUGUCUCAGAAUGAACUUGUUUAGUAACACUGGCUUACAAUUAACAAUGCUCCUUUUUAAAUCUUAGGUACACAGAAUAAUAGAUCACAAGAAUGUAUAAAUUCUGUUGGGUAUAGUGGCACAUGCCUGAAAUCCCAGUGACGUAUUAAACAUAUCAGUUCACCCUGGUUGAUGUGGAUUCAUUGUUAUGUCAACGAACUCUGGGAUGUCAAAAUCCAUAUUUGUGUAGGUUUUAAUCGUAAUUUUAAAUCUCCUUGAAAACUUUCCCUAAAAACAAUUCAUCUCCAUCUGCCCAUUUUGUGUUGAUGCUGUCAAAACAUUUGCAUAACAUAGUUCAUUUUUGCCCAGUAACUCAUCUUAAUGAUUUCAUCCUGAAAUGUUGCCAAUGGACAUUUUCUUAGUGUGCUGAAGUAUUCCUGGGUUAUAUUUUUACUAGUUUGUCCUAUUUGUGUUCUUUCUAUAUUUAACUUGAUUCAGUAGUCAAUUGGAUUUAGUUGUUGUAUUGGAUGAAUAUGCACUUUUACAAGAAUUAUCAAAUAUCUUUAUUUCCCUUGUAGAAUAAUUUAGAAACAAUGGCAUAUCACCCUUAACAUCCUUUUAUUACAUAUCUUAGAAAAGUCUGGCUUUUUGCAUAUUGCAUUGUGUCCUUUUUCUUCUCUCCAAAUGAAAUAACUCCAUGAUGAUUUGGUUCUUCUAUCCUAAAUUGAUGUUUUUUGUCUAUAAGGGAUUUCACUGCCUGUCAAUUUAGUUCACAGGCCCUAAAAGAAAUCCUAGCAGUCACUUCCCAUUCUCCCUAGCUCCUGGCAACCAUUUACCUACUUUAUCUAUAUGAAUGUCUACUCUGUACCUUUCAUAUAAUUGGAAUCAAAUUAUUAUGCAGUUUUUUAUGAUUGGCUUCUUUUCAUUUAAGAUGUGCCCAUGUUGUAGCAUAUAUUAGUACUCAUUUUUAUGAAUAUUCCAUUUCAUGCAUACCACAUUUAUCAUUCGUCAGUUGACAGACAUUUGGAUUACUUCUAUUUGCCUUCCAGAUUACUUCUACUUGCUGCAACAAAUAUUUGCGUACAUGUUUUUUAGUAGAUAGAUGUUCAUGUGGGAUCUGUUAUACCUUUUGAGGAUCUACCGAAAUACUACCAAAAUUAAUACUAUUAACUAAAGUACUAUUUUACAUUCCCACCGGCAAUACACAUAGGUUCUAAUUUCUCUACAUCCUCAUUCUUAUUAAUACAUUUUAUUAUUAAUAUCUUAUUAUAAAAAUAAUACAUGCUCUUGUAGUUGCAGUGGUACUUACCUGUAAUCCCAACUACUAAGGAGGCUAAGGCAGAAGGAUCACAAGUUCAAGGGCAGCCUGGACAAUUUAGCAAGAUCCUAUCUCAAAAUAAAAAAGGAUGGGGAUGUAGCUCAGUAGUAAAAACGUCCCUGAAACUAACCCCCAGUACUGCCAAAUAAAAAGAAAAAUAUGCUCAUUUUUAAAGUGGAAAUCACAAUACAGCAAUGUAAAAACUUGUAUUUGCCAUACCUGAACUCCCUAAACCCAUUUUAAUAGCUAGUGUUUAUCUGUCCAGACCAUUUCUUUGAAUAUCCAUAAAUAAAAACAUACACCUAUUUAAGUACAUAUAGGAUCAUCUGCAUUGUAUAUUAUCUUCCCAUGUCAACAGACAAUAACUAUUUUUCAAGUUGUAUAUGCCAUAAUAAUUUAACCAGAACACUUUUGUAUUAUUUUUGCCAUUGUAAGCAGUGUUUUUUGUACACGUAUCUCUUGCCCAAUUGUUGGGUAUAUAGCAGUAUAGGAUUACAAUUGUUGAACCAGAGUUGUUAUUCUCUUUUUGAUUGUAAGUAUCUUACUAUGAAGUGGCAUCUCACUGUGGUUUUGAUUUAGAUUUCCUUGAUGGGGAUGUGUUCCAAGACCCCCAGUCUCAGUGGAUGCCUGAAACAACAAAUAGUGCCAAACCCUAUAUAUGUUAUUUUUUCCUGUAUAUACUUAUAAUAACAUUUAACUUAUAAACACAGUAAGAUUAACAAUUUGUAAAAUACAUUUUACUAUAAUAAAAGUUACUUAAAACUUA